AUGGCUAUUGACGACACCGACGAAUUCGGACUUUCGUCAUCAGAUGAAGCCGAUCUCCUGAACAUUGAAGCCAUCGGCUCUUCCAAUGGCAAGCGGAAGAAUGAAGAUGUUGAUGUCUACGAUCCGAAGCGAGUUCGUGUCGAGCCUGCGUCGGCCGCUGGACUGGCAAUCGCCAACAAGAUCCUCAAGGAACGAUUCGGUAUGAACGGAUUUAGGCUCAAGCAAGAACCAGCCAUCGGUCGACUGCUCGAUGGAGGAAGCUCAGUUGUAGUUUUUCCAACCGGUGGCGGAAAGUCACUCUGCUACCAAGUCCCAGCAUUGUGCUUCAGAUAUGUGGACGAGCAACAGGGCAUCCGGCAAGGUCCCGCUGAAAGUGGCAUUACCCUGGUUGUGUCGCCGCUGAUUGCGCUCAUGAAAGAUCAAGUCGAUGCUCUCAAGCGCCGCGGAAUCAGUGCUGCUGUCAUGGACUCUACCAAAACCAAGGAAGAACAUCUCCAGACUGUGGAUGCCAUGCGCAACGGCACUCUCGACCUUCUGUACUGCGCACCUGAACGACUGAACAACGAAGGCUUCGUCUCCUCCAUGGCUAACGUGAAAGGUGGUGUACGACUCCUGGCGAUUGACGAAGCCCAUUGUAUCUCAGAGUGGGGACAUGCAUUCCGACCCGACUACCUCAAAGUGGCCAGAUUUGCCAAAGAAAUUGAGGCAGAACGGGUUGUGUGCUUGACUGCAACCGCCACACCUCAUGUUGCUGAAGAUGUAUGCAAAGCGUUUGACAUUCCGCAGUCAGGCCUGUUUCGAACCACGACAUUUCGAUCAAAUCUGCAUCUCCACGCACAAGCAUUCGAAACGAAGAAAGAGUCGUACCCGAAGCUUCGCAUGUUCUUGAAGUCCUUUCCUGGAUCCACCAUCAUCUAUGUGACUCUUCAAAAGCAGGCCGAAGAGCUCGCAGAGCAAUUACGUUCACACAAAUUCAAAGCCCGCCACUUCCACGCUGGCAUGAAGACCGAAGAGAAGAUGGCCUGUCAGGAUGACUUCAUGUCCUCUGACAACCUGAUCAUCGUAGCAACCAUCGCGUUUGGUAUGGGCAUCGACAAGGCCAACAUUCGCAAUGUCAUACACUACGACAUCCCGAGGAGUCUGGAGGGCUACAGCCAGGAGAUCGGCAGAGCAGGUCGUGAUGGCCUUGAGAGCAGAUGUAUGCUCUAUCUUUGUGCAGAAGAUUAUCACAUUCGUGAAAGUUUUGCACGAGGCGAAUUGCCAUCAAAGGCGUCUGUCGCAAAUCUGUUGAAGGAAGUCUUUUCUACAAAGCCAACACCGGCUCCAGAAUCGCACAUUCAGGGUAACCUCUACCAGCAAUCCAAACAAUACGACAUCAAGGUCAACACCCUCAACAACAUUUACGCUCAGUUGGAGCUUCGCUUUAGACUCCUCCGUGCAACUACACCCAAAUACACAAAGUACACAUUCAAACGCCUCAGACCUUUCGACUGGGACAAGUCGACGGCCGGCAAAGCAGUGCAAAAUCAUGCCAAACUUGCAAAGACAGUCUAUACCAUCGACGUGGACGCAGCUGCUACCACGAGCGGCCUCUCUCGACAUAAUAUUGUGCGCAAACUCAACGACUGGCAUGAGAGUAGCAUCAUUGACCUUCAGUCCAGUGGCGUUGUGAACAUCUAUCGAGUCGAGAAGAAUUGGCCACCAGCACCCGAGGAACAGCAACGAAUUGUCGAUGACCUGUACAAAGAUCUCGAAUUCCGCGAGCAGCAAGCACUUCAGCGUAUGCAUGAGGUGACUGCCUUGGUGACGGGCGAAUCCUGCUUCGCAUACAGUCUUGCGAAGCACUUCGGGGACGCACUACCAGAUGGAGCAGUCGAGUGUGGCCAAUGCACAUGGUGCGAGAAACACAAAGCUGUCGAGAAGAUCGAACCUCCAAGCCGUGGAUGGGAUUCCGCGGCCUUCUUCAAGAUCCUUGAAGCGGUGCCGGACAGAGAUGAUCCGCGGUAUCUUGCUCGCAUCGCUUUUGGUAUCACGAGCCCCAGAGUUACGCAAGCGAGGCUGAGCGGUCACAAAAUCUUCGGAUCGAUGGAGGACCAGGAUUUCAUGACGCUCUUGAACGCCUUCACAAAGGUUUGCGAGAAGUGA